AUGUGGAGGCGGAGCCACCCGCCCAGGGGGCGGAGCCACCCACCCAGGGGGAGGAGCCUGUUGGCCAAGGGGCGGGGUCAUCAAAGGGAGGGGGAGGGGCAGAGCCCCCUGCGUCCCCCCCCGAGGACCCGGUCUGGAGCCGCGUGGUGGACAUCAACGCCCUGAUCCUGAUGGCCGUCGCCGUCUUCCUCUGGGGUACCCUCCCAGCCCAGUCCAGUGCCUCCCAGUAUCCCCCCAGUCCUUCCCAGUCCAUCCCAUGUGUCCCAGUGACUCCCAGCAAGUCCCAGCACUCCCAACACCUCCCAGUAUCCCCCUACUGCCUCCCAGUAUCUGCCAGUCCUACCCCAGUGCCACCCAGUAUCCCCCCAGCGCCUCCCAGUAUCCCCUUACUGCCUCCCAAUAUCCCCCCAGCAUCGCCCA